UGAUGAUUCCCGAGUUUGGUUUCGCGAACAAGGGGCAUAGCAAUUUCAAAAGUCCACUAUGAUAUAUAUGAAAUGACAAUAGCGCACAAUUUAGACUCGAAGCUUCAAAGGCAGCUCACACCUAUCACGGAGCCGUUUCAUGGUCUAUUUCCCCAUGGGCAGCACAUAGCGCAAUUACUCACCACCUACUUCGGUUGACUACAGGGUCGAUCCCACCGACAAAGCUGGAGUAAUAUGGGGUAAAGACCAGCAAAUAUGGGGCGGUGCCUCAUACUUCUUCACAGAAUAAAACCAUUCUCAUCACAUGAGACCGUGUAACCAGGCCAAGGCUCGCUCUAGCGUGAAUAUGGGCUAGAAGACUACCUACGGACUUACUAUGAGGCGUCUUAGGAUAAACAAAUCCGUGCUUCCGAUUCGGCCAACCCCACCCCAAAACUCCCAGUCAGGCUGGCUACCAUUGUGAUAUUUGGGGGUCCAGGUGUGACUAAAUUGCUGUGAUUGAGAUGGACCCAAAACAUUUAAACGUAUUCGUGCUUGCGAGUACACGAACAAGUUCCAACCCAGUUUGCAGCAGUGGCUAUUAAACAAAUUCACGAACAGGCCGGGUGAUUGAGCUCCCCGCAACUUACACCAUGUCGGCCAAACACUUCAUCAACGAUGCCACUCACCUGGUAGAUACUGCCCUGGAGAGCCUCACCAUAACAAAUCCCUCCGUAGGCCUAGACGCCGCAAAUAAGAUCGUCUACCGUAGACCCGGCUAUGGCCCGUCGCAAGUCUCUAUCAUCAGUGGCGGUGGUAGUGGCCACGAACCCAGCUUCGGCGCUUUCGUUGGUCAGGGCCUGCUCUCCGCCGGCGUGGCUGGCACCAUAUUCGCCUCGCCCAGCGCCGAGCAGGUGCGCAAAGCCAUAAUGUCGCGCGUCGACACCGAGAAGGGUGUUCUAGUCACAGUCAUGAACUACACGGGCGACGUGCUCAACUUCGGCAUGGCCGUGGAGAAGGCGAAGGCCACUGGCCUGAAGGUUGAAAUGCUUGUAGUCGGCGACGACGUGGGCGUUGGUCGGGAGAAGGGUGGUAAAGUCGGCCGACGAGGCAUUGCUGGAACAGUGCUCGUCCACAAGAUCUCCGGUGCCUUGGCUGCUCGAGGAGUGCCCCUGGACCAAGUAUACAAGGUCGCCAAGCUCACAGCGGACAAUUUGAUCAGCAUCGGAGCCAGCCUCGACCACGUCCACGUCCCUGGCAGAGCGCCUCUCGACCCUAACGAGGAGGGAAGCUUAAGCCCCGAUGAAGUCGAGGUCGGCAUGGGCAUUCACAACGAGGCCGGGUCCGAAAGGGCCAAGGUUUCGCUUCCCGAGCUAGUGAAGACGAUGUUGACUAUGCUCCUCGACAAGAACGAUAAAGACCGCGCUUUCGUGAACGUCAACUCGAACGAGGUAGUGCUAUUAGUGAACAACUUGGGCGGUGUCAGCGUUCUUGAGCUCGGCGGCAUUACCACCGAGGUCGUCAAGCAACUAGGAGGUUGGGGCAUCCGCCCCGUUAGAAUACUCAGCGGCACUUACAUGACAAGUCUAAACGGACCUGGUUUCAGCAUAUCUCUGCUGAACGUCGUGAACACGGACAUUGGCGGCCCGAGCAUGAUCGAGCUCCUCGACGAUCCUACUGAAGCUACCGGGUGGGCAUCACCUAUCUCGAAGAACACCUGGGAGGCGAAGAACACAAAUACACGAGAGGACGAUGCCUCGUCUGACCAGAGCGUUAAGCCCAGUGGUCUCAAGAUAGACAGUGCAGCAUUUAAGGAUGCUUUGACAUGGGGUCUUGAAGCAUUGAUUGAAGUCGAGCCCGAGGUCACCAGAUUCGAUACAGUCGUCGGAGACGGAGACUGCGGUAUUGGUCUGAAGAGAGGAGCCGAAGCGGUCUUAAAACACUUAAAAGGAACACGGACUACAGGCGAUGUCGUAGUCGACGUCGCAAAUAUUGUACCCGUGAUAGAAAACUCUAUGGACGGCACAUCCGGAGCGCUAUUCGCCAUAUUCCUGAAUGCGCUCGUUCACUCUCUCCGCAAUCUGCCCGCCGGAGAGGCCACCUCAAAGCUUUGGUCACAAGCUCUUAAAGAAAGCUGUGAGGCUCUAUCAAGAUACACCCCAGCUAGGCCAGGCGACCGGACGAUCGUGGAUGCACUGUAUCCCUUCGUCGAGACUCUCGGCCAGUCCGGUGAUAUCAAGGAAGCAGCUAGGGCCUCGAUGAAGGCCGCCGAGGGAACAAAGGGAAUGCCAGCAAGCCUUGGUAGAGCUGUGUACGUAGGUGGCUCUGGUUUCGAGAGCGUCCCGGAUCCUGGGGCAUUUGGCCUAGCCAGCUUUUUCUUGGGUCUCUCUGGGCUGUAUAAGUCCUUUUGAGGAGAGGGAAGGCGUCACUGUGAAAAUAAGUCAAUGUAGUCAUGAGCACUAUGCAUAUCAUUCCGAACAUA